CAGAGCCCGAGUGUAAACAACGAAUGAGAAUUAUUUUGAGCUCAUGAAUAAUCCUUCGCCUCAUUUGGUUACUGUUGGGAAAGUACCAUUGAUUUUGCGACAGUGCUGUUGUUGUUGACCUGGUGCCAAGGGAGUGAGACUGCAAAUGAAAAGCCGAAUUGAGGAUCCGGGAGAGAAAUAGAGCAAGGGCGUGGAGAAGGACCGAGGAAGUUUUCCAUUUUGGGAAAUCCAACCCUAACCCAGAUUUUGAUGUUUUGGUUCGUCCCUCGCGCAUGCCCAGUUAUUCGCUGAUGCAGUUUCUUAUGGUUUAAGGUGCGGACGGAAUUCUACAGAGACAUGCAGGGAAUCUUGCUCACUUAUGAUGUAACGGAUAGAUCAUCGUUCAUUGCCCUCGACGCAUGGAUGGCGGAGCUCAGACACAAUUUGGGAGGUCCUGAUGAGUGGAAUGUGGCAGUGGUAGUGUGUGGCACACGAACGGACACUGGAGGAACAGGUGGAAGACAAGUUUCAGAAGUGGAUGGCAAAAAUUGGGCAGAGAAACACAACUUUUCGCAUGUGUUGACAUCAGCAGCUCUCGGCAAUGGAAUCACACAAGCUUUCCACACACUCUUCGUACAAGCACUGCAGCUGAAGGAAGGGGUCCGUAGGCCAGGAGUUGUCUCAGGUUCAAUCGACCCUGAAGUGGUGCAGGCCAUUCACCGUCUGACACACGCAAUCGACGACUUUGACAAGAUGGGCAUCAGUCGGCGGGCAUUCUCUAGGGAAGAGGUGAACAAAUCGUACCGUCGCUUGGCAGCUCUCGUACAUCCCGACAAAUGCAAAGCGCCCGGGGCAGAGGAAGCAUUCAAGGCUCUCACGCAGGCAAGAGGCAACCUUCUGAGGAUCAUGCAAGAAACCACAGUCUGAAUUAGUGUUUAGUGAUUAUUUAAGUUUAGUUUUUAUUUGUUUAAUUUUCAAAAGCGGACUUCAUGUUUUUUUGUUUUUUUUU